GGGAGGACGCGAGGAGACGCCGCGAGCUGGCCUUGUUUUGUCACACGUCGGCUGCAAGAAGACAGGAAGUCAGCUUGCAGGGGGGGGGAAAUGAGAAUCGAAAUUCAAGCAGCCCACAAGAGGAAGACGACAUCAUGAGCGCGGACGCAGGGGGCCAGCGGCGUUACGUGUCCACCUUCACGAUGCGCAUCAAGUCUGGGAACGGAGCCCGGAGCGCCGACGGAGUGACGCCAGAUGCGGGCGUCCUCCCCUCGCACCAGCGUGCCGACCCGCCCGUCUUCGUGCGGCCGCUGCAGGACUGCUGCGUGGACGAAGGCGAUGACAUCACCUUGAGCGGCGUCCUCUCCGGGAGUCGACCCAUGAAAGUCGCGUGGUUGCACAAUGGUGAGGUGGCUCGUUUUGGAAUCUCCGCCCUGGACGGUGGCGACGUGAGCUUGGUCGUGCGCGAGUGCCUGCCCGAGGAUGCCGGUGCAUACACCUGCGUGGCGGAAAACGCAGCAGGGAAGACUUCCUGUUGCGCUGCCGUGUUUGUCAGAGACUUUGAAACUAUUUGCAGCGUGCAGGAUCGAGCUUCUGCAAACGAGAGCAUUAUGGGAAACGGGAAGCCACCUCAGUCUCCUCAGGAAGGUCAGGAAGGGUCCAAUGGCACCUCCCCUACCAGCUCCGAUCCGCAGAGUCCGGUCUCUUCUCCACGAGAGGUCAUUCCGAAGAAGAGAGCCAACUCAGGGACAGGUCCGGUGUUGCACUUGGAGAACCCGCCGCAGGUCGUGGAGGUGAAGGCGGGCCGAACGGCGCGCGUCACAUGUCGCUUCACCGGCAGCCCGCCCGUGGUGUCCUGCUGGAUCCGAAACAAAGAGCAGCUAGCGGACGCUCCUGAUGUGUGGAUCGAAAACUCGAACGAGAGCAGCACGUUGGUCCUGGCCUCGGCUGGAGCUCAGCACACGGGCCGCUACACUGUGGUGGUCAAGGACCGCAAGAGCUCCACGCAGCACACACUCACGCUCUCUGUCAUAGACAGGCCACAGCCUCCCGCCUCCUGUCCUCUGGUCUCACUGGUGUCCCCCGGGAGCCUGGUGCUGUCCUGGUCGGGGCCCUGCUACGACGGCGGCAGCGCCGUGCUGGGCUACGCGGUGGAGGUCCGCCCCGAGGGCCGGGAGUGGAGCGAGCUCACGGCCCAGUGUACGAGCACGUCCUACAGGGUGUGCGGCGGCCUGCGGCCCGGGGAGGAGUACCGCUUCCGGGUUAGGGCCUACAACGCGGUGGGGGUCAGUGAGCCUGGACCAGCAUCGCCUGGGGUCACCAUAGACCAUAUGGAUUCCAAGGCAGCACAUGAAGAGGAAGAAGAGGAAGAGGAGGUCCCGGAGGCCUUGGUCGCUAUCGACUCUGCGCACAAAGUCACGGACCACUACGACGUGCAGGAGAAGCUCGGCAUGGGUAAGUUCGGCCUGGUGUUCAAGCUGAAGCACAGGACGAGCGGUCGGGUGUGCGCCGGAAAGUUCUACAAAGGCCGACGCACCAAAGAGAGGGAGGCGGCUCGCAAGGAGAUCGAGCUGAUGAACAAGCUCCACCAUCCCAAGCUGGUCCGCUGCCUGGCCGCCUACGACCACAAGCCAGACAUGGUCAUGGUCAUGGAGUUCAUAGCAGGCGGGGAACUCUUCGAGCGCAUCGUGGACGACACCUUCGAGCACACGGAGCCGGCCAGCGUGCGCUACAUGCGGCAAAUCCUGCAGGGCGUCGACUUCAUGCAUCGGCAGCGCGUCGUGCACCUGGACCUCAAACCCGAGAAUAUCGUGUGCGUCGACACCGGCGGCACAGCCGUCAAGAUCAUCGACUUCGGACUGGCCACCCAGCUCGACGGUAAGACUGAUCUGCGGGUGAUGCAGGGGACCCCGGAGUUCGUGGCCCCCGAGGUGAUCAACUACGAGCCCGUGUGCUUGGCCACGGACAUGUGGAGCAUCGGCGUCAUCUGCUACAUACUACUAAGCGGCGAGUCGCCCUUCCAGGGAAGCAGCGACGCCGACACGCUGGCGUCGGUGACGGCGGCCCAGUGGGAGUUUGACGAAGAGAGCUUUGAGGCCAUCACGGACCAGGCCAAGCAUUUCAUCAGCUCCUUGCUGGAGAAAGACCCCAGGCGACGCAUGUCCUGCGAAGAGGCCCUAGCUCACGCGUGGAUGGCAACGUUCCACUUGGCAGGUCCCGCCUCCGCCAAGAGUCUUCCCAAAGCGAAGAUGAAGCGCUUUCUCGUCAGCCAGAAAUGGAAGAAAGCAGGCAAGGCCAUGCUGGCGCUGAAGAGAAUGGCCUUACUGAGCAAAGGGGACAGCACCUCUUCUCCCACCAGCCCUGCAGAAGAGUGCCCCCUGACACCAGAGACGAAAGACGCCCUGCUCUCGUUGGAGCGCAAGAUGCGGGGACCCCCACGCUUCAGCAAGACCCUGCAGGACCAGACGGUCUCCGCCGGGGACAGUGCCCACCUCGACUGUCACCUCACGGGCUAUCCCGACCCGGAUGUGGUGUGGCUGCGCGGGGAGGCGCCCGUGCAGGAGUCGGCCGCCGUCCGGAUCGAGUACGAAGAAGAUGGCCGCUGCACGCUGAUCCUCGCUAAAGCGGGCGUGCGCGACGCCAACGUUUACACCUGCAAAGCCACCAACGCCCACGGGGAGACAUCCUGCUCGGCUUCGCUCGUUGUCCGAGAUUCAGACUAAAUUUAUUUUGUACAGUCCACGCCCGACAUGUCCUGCAGAUUAAAUAUACAGCAGAAACAACAUGGCGCACUUAAUCAUUGACGCCAAUGUUCUCACAAGAAUUUAGUAGGAUUUUUCUAGCCAAAAAAAAAAAGUGAUGAUAUAUAUUUUGGGGGUUAUUUGUAUUCAUGUAACCCAAUUGUGGUGUACUGGCAAGAAUUUAGUACGAAGCAGUGAUGUAAAUUGGUGAGGGGAAAAAAAAAAAAAAAAAAAAGCUUAUCGUUUUAAUAAUCUUAAUAAGCUUGUUUGCUCAUAUUUGUUUUUAGGAUUUUGAAAUGAUCUGUUACUGGAGAAUUUGGAGGUUACUAGAAAAAAAAAAAUUUUUUUGUAAUUAAUAUGAAUACAACUCAAUUGUUGAAGUUGUUCUCACAAGAAUUGAAUAGGACUUUGUAUAAAAACAUUUUGUAAUCAGAGGGGGACAAAACUACAUUUGGUAUUUAUAAAAAAAAAAAAAAGCUUAUUUUUAAUAAUGUAACCCUAAGUAUUUCCAUUAAUGACAAAAUAUAUUUUUGUACAAUUUCCGACUAUAGUAUCGUGACAACUUUGAUAUAGUUCAACCAUUAUAGAGGUUGAGGUACACAAGUUUUAAUCUGUCCUGAUAUGUCGGCCACGAUAUAAAUUUGUGGCUAUAAUAGCAUAUAGUGUCAAAAAAGAUGUCGUACAAAAAAUUUUUUUUUAAAAAAAUUUAUGAGGCAAUCUAAGUCAUUAAACGUCAUUAAAAUGAAUAAGAGGCAAUAUAAGUCAUUAAAAAAACUUUUAAUUGAAAAAAAAAAUAGUUAAGUAAAAAUCAUCAGAAAAUAUUUGUGCAUAAAUGAGUCAGAAUAAAUUAGCUUGUGACAAAUAAAUUAUUCUAUGUGAAAAUAUAGCUUCUCGUGCAUGUGUGUGUGUGGUGGAGGUGGUGUCAUGAGGACCGCCUCCUCAGUGUCGCCUCCUGCUGGUGGCCGUAGAGUGCGGCCGCCCGUAACUCGAAGGCGCUGACCAUCUGCUUGACCGCCUCGUCGAAGAAGAGACGGGCCAGUCGAGAAUGAAGCAACGACUUGAACUCGAAGGACACCUGCGGGGUGAAGGGAGGACGAGCGGUGUCGGCUAACACCAAAAGUCUUCUUUUUUACCCAUAAUGCCGCGUCACUGAAACACAACCGCUUCCUGGAUGCUAAUCUAAAGCUAUUUUCAGCUAACGAGGCCAGCAACCAAUCGCCGCUAAAUUUAGAGUGAGAAGUGCAAGCCUUCCUUUCAGACAUCCAUCGACAAAAGCACUUGCAUAAAAAUGAACUUUGCAGGAGUCCGGUGCGUCUUUAGGUCCUGGCUCAAACCUCCAGAUUGUCUCAAGAUGGCUGAAGAGGGUCCCGUCGGUACACAAGGCCUGCCGCCAUACAAGGGAUCAUCCAUCAUGUUUCUCAAGAGUCGUCAAUCAUUCGCUUUAAAAUGUCAUAUUUUCAUGAAAGAGCAUUCAAAUGGAAUAUGUGGUGGUCACCUUCAUUGACCACCUUUAUUUUUCAUUUCAAAAUUAAAUAAUCUGUAGGCCAUUUACUUUUACAGGUAAUGUUGUGACAUGAGUUUGAAAUUAUAUUUUGGCAUCAUCGUUUGUGGUAUAGUCACAGUUUAAACUAUUAAUAUAGGCAAUUAUAAAACAUUUUAGAGGAGAGUGUGAAUUACUAGCAUUUUUCACCGCUAGGGCUUGGUCCCCAUU